UUCCUGCUCUCCACCUUUUUUUACUUCUAACGCGGGGUAUUGUAUAGAGGCCCCGUUCGAUAAACCGCAUACAGUCACGUGAUUUUAUUUCCUCAUUUGUGUCCGAGUUAAGACCGAGCGGCGCUAGAGCAUCCGUCCAGUACGGCUGGAUCCGCAGUAAAUAUGUCCGAGCAUCGAGAUACAUCAAUCACGGAUAUCCCACGAGCCCAGUAGGCCACUAGACUGUUGUUCUCCCUGCCCUAGCAUCAAGAAUAUGAGAUAGGACAGACAAAGUCAAUGAUCGACCACGAGUGAGAGGAAAACGGAGGUCUGACUCAUUUUCGUAUCCCUUUCCAGUAUCUCCCAUUCUCCGUCCUCCGACAGUAACCAUCAAUUCCCGAAGGUGCAAGUCCGCAAUGUAUAAAGACCGUUAACCCCGUCGGACAGUUCGGGAGGCCGAGCCGACGGGGAAGAAGGGCAGCUUCUCCGAGCGGACGAAGAAAAAGAACCGGGACCGGGGGGUGAGUCAUCCAGGCACAUUUUCCCAUCCGUCAGCAUCGGUUGGCUUCUGCUUCUCCGUCUGCUUCCCCCUUUGUUGCCCGAUGAUAGGGAUAUGCAUCAGUUUGAUUGGCUCGAUGGCAUCCCCCUCGUCCGGUUUUUCCGUCGAGCCACCUGACCCUGCUGACAUGAUCUUGGGAAGAACCGGGGAAGUCCUUGAAGUAAAUCGACGAAUAAUCGUUACCUGACACGUUCAACGUAUAGAUGCGUGAAGUAAAUCGAGGUUAUCGAAGUCUAAUGUACCAGGAUGAAUAAUAUUCUUGCCACAAUUGAUCUAGGUUCCUCGAUACGUCCCGGGAGUCGUCCCUGUAUUCCCCGGAUAAUACCUGGCCUCAGCUGAAGAGUGUUGACGUGUCGAUUUCAACGUAUCCUAAAAUGUCGUAGCCUCGAACGUGGCUUGUAACUGUUGUGCCGUCGACGGGUAUCCAGUACAUGGGUCCAGUACUGCUCAUAAUACCCGCUCACAUAGGCCACACGCGACACUCGACGGGUAUCGAGUACAUUCCAUCCAGGAUCCUCCGGAGAAGAUCGGCCCCAAAAGUGCCAGGGCCACCAGAACCAGUUCUUUGCACAGCCAGGCCCACUACGCUGCGACUCCAUCUCCUUCCAGAAUCCCCUCCAUUCCUUAUUUGUGAACGCUGGUGCCUCUCUCUUUUUUUUUUGUGUGUGAACACUUUCCCAAGCUCCUGUCUUUCUCAUCGGAUCCUUUCCCUUCCCCCUUCACCUCAUCCUAUCCUAUCCUAUCCUAUCCUACCAGCCAACUAACUAGAAGACCCUGUCCGGUACACAGGUCUCUCUAAUCUACCAAUCUCCAUCCAACUUCCACCCCCUACCAUUCCCUACUUCCGCAUAUCGGCGCGUUCGUUGGCGACUGAAGUCGUUCAAUGAACCUGCAUUUUAAUUAUCAUUCUGAGUGCAAGGUAAGAUUCUCGAGCUGGCAUACUUCGAAUGCGCACCGAAUCUCCUCGAGGACCCUCCAUCUAACGAGUCUUUCCUAAUCCAGCAUUGCCUCUUCACUCUGAAGAGGACUCCCGCUAGAUAAAUGGUCUUCAAGCCAUUCACCCAUCUCGCGCGUCAGAGUUUCACCAAAGCCUUCACCCAUGGCUAUGCUCAGUCGGUAGUGGCCGCGUCGCAAUCCUACGCGUCGUCCACAACCCUCAAUCAACUCGCCCUCCAACCUAUCGCCAAAUUCUCCCGCACCACACAACUUCAGAAUGCCUUCUCGAAUGCUUCCAGUUCGUCCGGCGCUGGCGCCAAGGCCAGCCAGGGUACUGGUGGUAACGGUGACUUCGGUCUAGCCGCCUACUAUGCUGCCUGGCAGCACGCCCAGCAGACCGGCGACGAUACCGACUGGCGCCAGUUCCAGUUCACGCGCCGCAUUGGCUGGAAGCCCACCGAAGAAGUCGAGGAUGCAAAGGAUGAGCGCAUCCCUUCUCCCGAACCCCCACACUUGACUAAGGCGGCCGUGAACGAGAAUGUCAGCGCACAGGUCGAGGAGGCCGUCGCUCGGGAGAUCCAGAUUCAGGAGGAGCAGGCACAAGCGGAGGAGGCAUCGGACAUGACCGAGGCGGUCGCUGCUGAGUCGGCCGUCGAGGACGUCGUGAUUUCGGAGGCAAUUUCAGAGGAGAGUAUGAUCGCUUCUGAGCGCAUUGUGCAAUUAGCCACGGCGAAGAACUAUUCUGAGAUCCCGGCAGCAUUUGAGUCAAUUCUCCGCGAGGGUCUGACUCCGACUGUCGAUGCAUACAACGCUCUUUUGGUUGCCGCUAUCCGUCUUCAUCCCGAGGCCGCUCAGGCUAUUCACAAGGCUCUCGAUGUGUACUCUGAUAUGCUUCGUCGCAGGGUAAUUCCCGACGAAGAUACUUAUCAGACUCUCGUCCAGCUUUUGGUCACCCAGGCCAACCAUGCCAUCAAGGGCAAGGAAGUGCUUGAACAGGAACGCGUCCGGUAUGGUGGUAUGGAAGAACCCGGCAAGUUUAUGCUGCAGUCUAGCGAGCUGGAGCGUGACCUUCUUGCCGAGGACCACUCUCUGUCUAUCGCCGUGAAGCUGUUCAACACGGCCACGAGUCGCCACUCUCGUCUCGUCUUCCCCGUCGACUUGUACCGCCACCUCAUCAUUGCCUGCGCUCGCGAGGGCAAGGUUGAGGACAUGAUCCGCAUCUAUUCUCACAUGGAGAUGCAGAAGGUGACUCCUCACGCAUCUAUCUUCCCCUCCAUGAUUGACGCUUUUGCCGGUUCGCGUGAUCUGUCGAGCGUGGUUGAGUGCUACAACGAGUACCGCAGCCUGGCCAUGUCGGACGAUAACGGCGUCUUCGCCAUUAUCAAGCGCCUCGAUGGUGAAGUUUAUGCGGCCGUCAUCCGCGCUUAUCUGUCCUGUGGCAAGGAAGAGGGUGCCAUGCACUUCCUCGACCGGAUCCGUUCUUCCUUCGACGAGGUUACUGAGAAUCGCGAAGGCCGCUGGGCUGCCGUGGAAGCCGUCAUUGUUCAGGAUGCCCUCGUGCAACACUUUUUGAAUGUUGGUGAGCACGGCAAGGCCCUGGCUCAGGCAAAGGAGCAGUUGCACGAUGCGGCUCGGGAUCAGGCCAUUUCUCGGAUCUGCAUUUCUGCGGCCGACGCUGGCGACCUUACCACUGCCUCCGAAGCAUAUGACCGUCUGUCCACCUCCCCUGAUACCCGUCAGAAUCCUGCCAUUUCGCUCCUCGCGCUGCACGUCCGCCAAGGCAAUGUUUCUGCUGCCCGUUCUCUGUGGAUCAUGUUGAACACUGUGGGUCAGGCAACCCCGGAUAUGGUCCAGCCGACCGCGAUGUACGCGGUUGCGUUGUUGAAGAGCGGCCAAGUUGAGGAUGGCCUCCAUGAGGCUCGCAACAUGUUUGCUCGUAUCCGCAACGCCUCCGCCAAACAGGGUGCCGUCGCUGCUUCCACUGUCCGUGAGCAGAUCACCGAGUCGCUUCACCUCUUUGGCCGUGUCCUCGUCGAGACGGCUGCUGUGCUCUCUCCCCAGGCCUCGAUGUCUCUUUUGUGGUCUAUGGUCGAGAACGGUGGCUUGGUGUCUCCUCUUGCGGAGCACGCCGUCGCUAGCCUGGGUCCCAUGGGUAUCUCGCGGCUUAACCCCGCCGACCUCACCCUGGCCCUUCAGGUUCAGGCCCGUAUGCUGGCUGGCAACAGUGCUCUGCUCUUUGACGUUGCCCACCCAAUCCGCUUUGCCCACAUGCUCGAUGUCGCUCUCUCUGCCGCUCUGCCUCUGGAUACCCACACCACCCAUCUGAUUGACCAGGCCGUCGCUAAGCUGUUCACCAGCUGUCCCGAAAUCGUCAAGAGAUGGCAGGACCACGUUGAGGCAUCGACCCAGGCCUCCUUCCUGUCGGACCGCCACAGCCCCGUUUCCAUGGCCGAGACCAACAUCACGACCCCUUCCGUCAGCCCAGAUUCCUUCGAUCCAUACGCCCAUGCAACCGACUUCCGAGGCUCUGCUAUCAUCGCUGAUGAGCUCGAAAAGACCACCGGUCGCGCGGAGACCCACCUCAACGAGGCUUUGAUUCGUCUCAAGAACAUGCGCCGCAUUGGUCGUCACCCUCGCUACAUCACCUACGCGAAGCUCAUCACCGCUGCUGCCAAGGUUGGUCGCAUGGAGUUGGUCCACGAGAUCCACGCCAUGGCCCGCGCCGACGUGCCUUUGAACCCGGCUCACAAUGCCGUCAAGUACGGUUGGGUCUCCAUCCUUGAUGCUAUGGUCUCUGCUUGCCUCACCCUUGGUGAUCGUCAUCUGGCUGGUCAGUACCACCAGGAGCUCCUCGGUCUGGGUUCGGCGCCGUCUGCCAACACCUUCGGCCUGUACAUCACCACCCUCAAGGAGUCGACCAAGACCUUUGACGAAGCCACCGAGGCCCUGAAGAUCUUCCACCGCGCCGUCGCCGAGGGCGUUGAGCCCACCUCUUUCUUGUACAACGCGCUCAUUGGGAAGCUUGGCAAAGCCCGUCGCAUCGACGAUUGCCUUGCCUACUUCGCCGAGAUGCGCGCCAACAACGUCCGCCCUACGAGUGUCACCUACGGUACGAUUGUCAACGCUCUGUGCCGUGUUAGCGACGAGCGUUUUGCCGAAGAGAUGUUCGAGGAAAUGGAGUCCAUGCCCAACUACAAGCCGCGUCCCGCACCGUACAACUCGAUGAUCCAGUAUUUCCUGAACACCAAGCGUGAUCGGUCCAAGGUUCUCGCCUACUACGAGCGCAUGCAGGCCCGCAACAUCAAGCCCACCAUGCACACCUACAAGCUGCUUAUCGACGCUCAUGCCUCGCUUGACCCCGUUGACAUGCCCGCCGCCGAACGUGUUCUUGCCGAUAUGCAAGCUGCCGGUGUUCAGCCAGAUGCCGUGCAUUAUGCUUCACUCGUCCACGCCAAGGGCUGCGUUCAGCACGAUCUCCCCGCCGCCCGGAAGGUGUUUGACUCCGUGCUCGCAGACCGUCGCGUACGUCUGCAGCCGUGCCUGUACCAGGCCCUCUUCGAGGCCAUGGUUGCCACUAACCGCGUUGCGGAUACCGAAGAAAUCGUCAGCGGUAUGAAGCAGCGCAACGUCGAGAUGACCGCCUACAUUGCCAACACGCUCAUCCACGGCUGGGCUACCGAGGGCAACGUCGCCAAGGCCAAGACCAUCUACGACAGCAUCGGCAUUGAGAAGCGUGAGCCUAGCACCUACGAGGCUAUGACUCGCGCGUUCCUCGGUGCCGAUGACCGGGCUGCAGCUGCCGGCAUUGUUCAGGAGAUGAUGUCGCGCGGAUACCCAUCCGCCGUGGCGAGCAAGAUCAUCGACCUGGUCGGCGCUGCACCUUCCGUCUAAACUUCUUUCCCCCCUUAAUCUUCUCAGUUUCUAAUUUUUCGUUUGAUCCCUGGAACUUUCCUACGACCAGGUCCAUAUUCCAUUUCAUCUGGUGAUUCUAUGUGACUGCACUUGGCGACUCGAAACACCUUUACACCCCUACAUCACCUCGCAAGGGCUGGAUCCCGGCUUGGUCCCAGGCUUGGUUAUUCCAGUUCGGCGCUUGUAAUGGGAUUCCCGGAUCUGUAAUCUAUGCGGUUGGUUCUUGGAUACAUAUAACCUUGUUGUGGGAUAUACUCGUGUAUUUGCGGGAUUUGUUUGAUUUGUUUGAUCUUUUUCUUUGUUCAUCGGCAUUCAGCGAGGUUAUGGCGUUGAUUGGCGAUAAAAAGGUGGUUUCGUGUUUGGAGUUCGGACGUUCCUGGUUCUGUCUUCUGGUCGGGGCUACGUUGCUCGCGGCUUGUAUACCAUUUUGAUUGGUGCAUGUUCAUAGACACAUCUCUACUCUGCAUCGCGCUUCUAGACGCUGAUGAAACACAAAAAAAGUGAAUGAGUCAUUUGGUCUUGGUAAAUACUUUAGACAUGGUCUACAGAAUCAACUGUACCCUACGUUGAGGCAACUGAGUAUUCGGGUCUGGC